AUGACAGACACGCAAUCUUCGGAUCCCGCAUUCCUCAACGGCGGCAAGGGAGAGGAUGUCCCCGCUCCGGGCCAGAUACUGACAGGCAAGCAAGAGCAUUACCUCAAGCGCGAGCUCAUCGCCCGUCAAGUCCGCGACGAAAUCUCCGAACUCAACUCCCCAACCGCACUCCAGCGCUUCGGCGCCCCCUUUCGAUCGGAAUUUGGUGAGGUUGCGCCAGUCGACUCAGAACUGCCCAUUUUGCGCUACAUCUUCGUCCACCAUGUUCGCAAUUUCCCAUUCCUCGAUAAGGCGCGCGAAAAGGAGUUCUGGCAGGAUAAGCUUCAAAUCUUCCUGGAAUCAUUCGCCAAUAAACAUGUCUCGUCGUCGGAAGACCGAUUGGAGGAAACAAAGCGUCGGAAAUUGGCGAGGAAAUGCGAGAAACUCGUGGAGCUCAUGAUGGUUUCUGGUGUGCCUACUGCCUCAGGAUAUGAAGAGCGCAUUCAAUUUUCAGAGAUGGAGGUUGUUGAGCGUGGUGCGCAAGACUCUGGAUUGUUGGUCAACAUCCCUGAAGGAAACUCCAUCAACGGCUGGGAUGUGAACGUUGCCGCUGUUCGGACUACAUCAGUGAAGCGGACAGUUCGAUACCACUCGCACGCGGAAUUUAUUAUUCGCGUCAGCCGUGACGGCAAAGAGCACCACGUUGGAAGGAGAUAUGGAGAGUUCGUCAAGCUCCAGAAGAGACUCAGCACCGAGAUGCCAGGGAAACACCUACCCCCUCUCCCUCGCAAGAACAAAACUUCCAGCACCAGUUGGUGGGGCUCUGCGGCAGAUGACGAUGCUUCUUCUCUAUCAUCUCUGUCGACACAGGGCACGAACGCCCCAGACGAUCGACUCUCUGUGCCAGCCGGCUCAAAAGGCGUCCGACGAUCAACAUCCAAAUCUUCAAUGCGAUCAACUAAGUCACCACGCGCAUCAACCAGUGACGUAUCCAGGGAGACUAUCCUGUACCGAGAGGAGCAGCGAUUGUCUUUGCGUGCCUUUUUGCGAACGGUCUUGCAAAACAAGCGCAUUGCAGAGUCGAAGGCGAUGGAGGAGUUUUUGACUGCCCGCCCCGUCAAGCUGAACGAGGAAGAAUUAGUUGACGUCCAAAGGCGGAAAGACAUGGAUGCUGUAAGAAUUGAGGAGCAGAAGAGGUUCUACGAGAUUGCUAGACAGCGCGCCGCAGAAUUGGACGUGUACAUGGAGCGCUUCCGACGAGAUAUUGUGGAGAGCAAUGGGUUGACAAAGCUCUUUGCCGAGAUUCGCGAGAAGCCUUCCAUUCCCGACCUCAGCCCGCAGUACCAGAAGUUCGCUGAGUGGCUACGUAUUGAGGUUGCUGCAACGCUGUAUCACCUUUUCCUUGCUGAAGAUAACUCACCCGAGUUGUUUGCACAGGCGAAGAGAAUCCAUGGCCUUGUGCCUUACACCUUGAUGAAGAAUGUGAUUCGCAUCGCCAAUCCCGCGGCCGUCAUGUCGGGCGUCCUUGAUUUAUUCAUGGCUCAGCCGUUUGGAUCGCGUUCACUUCUGCAGCGUAUCUUCUCUUUGACAUUGAACGAAGGCAUCAAGGAUUUCCAGCGAUCAAUUGACACUCUGGCUGCAAAGGUUGAAGACUCAAUCCUCACCCAGAAGCUCAAGUCGUUUGCGGAAGCCGAAGAAGAGGUCAAAAAUGAGAUUCGAGCUGAAGCCGAAGCCGAUGACGUUGAUAUCAUCGUCGCCAUUCUGCGUUCCGAGCUCAUCGCCCCCGAACUUACUCCCGAGCAGAUUGGCAAGGUGUUCAACGGCUAUGUGGCUUGGAACUAUGCCGUGGAGAAUGUUGACCUGGAAAUGCAGCAAGGCGCUCAGUGGUUUGCCCACAUGAAGCAGCUACUCAAGCUCUACACUCGUCAACGGGAUAAGGCUAUGAUGCUGAGCAUCGUUGAGGAGCCCGUCACAUUACAGCUCUUCCGUGACCUCUUCACUAUCUUCUACGAGCCCCUGGUCCGGGUCUACAAAUCCGCCAAUGUGUACAGUAGUAUCACUGACUUUGCCCAAUUUGCCGAUGACGCCAUUAGUGUUAUCGAAAGCGCCCAGCGCCAGGAUACAUCGGCUGACCCCAACCAGACGGUUCAAGCCUUUAUUGAUCUUUGCGCUCGCCAUGAGGCCAACUUCUACAAGUUCAUCCACGAAGUGCAUCAACAUGACAAUGGCUUGUUCCAGAAGUUGAUGGCUUGGAUUGAGGAGAUUCUUGAUUUCCUGCGCAAUGGCCCUGCCGGAGGCAAGAUGGACAUCAAUGCUCUGUUCCAGGGAGCUGCUGGUGCUGGCCAAAUUGACAAGACCCUCGCCCUCUCUGAAAUCAACCAGCUCAUCAAGUGGCAAGAAGAUCGGAAACGCUGGCACUUGAACAAGACGCGUCAGAAAAUGGCUGCCGAGGGUACCUCAGGGGAUGCCAUCCCUGGCGUGACCACGUUCAGGAGCAGUGAUUUCGGUCUUGAUGAUGCUGAUCUUGAAGAUCUCACCAUCUCAGAUGAUGCAUCCGAUGCAUCUGACGAGGACAGCGUAGACGAAGACGGGGACGACCCUAUUGCCGUUGAGCGUCGCCGUCGUACCAAGAAACAAGACCAACUGCGCCGCACCGCUGGAGAACCUGUCAAGCCCGAGGUCACUGAGAUUCUCAAGCUCGCCGACCCGUUCAAUAUCAUGUUGCGACACGUCCUUGCUGAUUAG